UGUCGUUCACGCAUAACAUAUAAGCAAGAGAAAAGAAAAGAAAAAAAAGAAAAACUCCUCUGAAGUCCGAAGGAAGAAAGAGAUUGAGAAAACCUAGAUGGAUCAAGAACAAGAAUUUCUUCCGUUUGGCCAAUGCGAUGUGAUCGUAGUCGCGCACUUGUGGUAGAACCAAAUCCUCUCUUUAUUCCGAUUUCUUUACCUUCCCCGUCGUCUCGCGGUUGCCGGCGGCACCUCCCUCGUCCUCGCCGCCGCCUAGUCUUUGGCAUCGCAACCCUAAUUAUCGUCCGUAGUGAAAUCUGAGAUUCGCGAUGGAGUUGGCACAACUCGAAGCAUUGUGUGAGAGGCUAUAUAAUUCGCAGGACUCGGUGGAACGUGCUCACGCGGAGAACACACUGAAAUGCUUCUCCAUGAACACUGAAUACAUUUCCCAAUGCCAAUACAUUCUUGAUCAUGCCUUGACACCCUAUGCAUUGAUGCUGGCUAGUUCCAGUUUGUUGAAACAAGUCACCGAACAUAGCCUUGCCUUGAAGCUUCGCCUUGAUAUAUGGACGUACCUUAUCAACUAUCUAGCGACCAGAGGACCCGAGUUACAGCCAUUUGUCACUGCUUCUUUGAUCCAACUUUUGUGUCGAGUCACAAAGUUCGGAUGGUUUGAUGAUGACCGAUUCCGGGACCUGGUUACAGAGUCCAUGAACUUCUUGAGUCAGGCAACACCGGGUCAUUAUGCCAUUGGUUUGAAGAUCCUAAGUCAGCUUAUCUCUGAGAUGAACCAGGCCAAUUCUGGUAUGCCUGCAACAAAUCAUCGAAGGGUUGCUUGCUCGUUUAGGGACCAAUAUCUUUUUCAGAUAUUUCAGAUAUCUUUAACAUCAUUGGGUCAACUGAAGAAUGAUGGUAAAAUGGUUGUCAAUCAAUUGCAAGAAUUGGCACUUGCUCUAUCUUUGAAAUGUUUAUCAUUUGAUUUUGUGGGGACUUCUGUUGAUGAAAGUUCAGAUGAGUUUGGCACAGUUCAGAUUCCAUCACCUUGGAAGCCUGUUUUGGAGGAUUCUUCAACCCUACAAAUAUUUUUUGAUUACUAUGCCAUUACAAAGCCCCCUCUUUCAAAGGAGGCACUGGAGUGCUUGGUGCGACUAGCGUCAGUAAGACGUUCUUUGUUUACAAAUGAUGCUGCCCGUUCUAAAUUUUUGGCCCAUUUAAUGACAGGAACCAAAGUAAUCCUGCAAACAGGGCAAGGUCUUGCAGAUCAUGAUAAUUACCAUGAGUUUUGUCGUCUUCUUGGUCGGUUCAGAGUGAAUUAUCAGUUGUCAGAGCUUGUUAAUAUGGAAGGCUACAGCGAUUGGAUACGUUUGGUUGCAGAGUUUACUCUCAAAUCUUUGCAAUCAUGGCAGUGGGCUAGCAAUAGUGUGUACUACCUGUUAGGGCUGUGGUCUAGAUUGGUGUCUUCUGUUCCAUAUUUAAAAGGUGAUGCACCAAGCUUACUGGAUGAGUUUGUUCCCAAGAUUACUGAAAGUUUCAUCACAUCAAGAUUCAACUCUGUGCAGGCUGGAUUACCUGAUGAUCUUUCUGAGAACCCCUUGGACAAUGCUGAACUUCUUCAGGAUCAAUUAGAUUGCUUCCCAUGCCUAUGUAGAUUUCAGUAUGAAAGCAGUAGUUUAUUUGUAAUGAAUAUAAUGGAGCCAGUCCUGCAAAUAUACACGGAAAGAGCAAGAUUACAUGUUCCUGAUAGCAGUGACCUCACUGUGAUUGAAGAUAAACUUGCUUGGAUUGUUCAUAUCAUUGCUGCAAUUCUUAAGAUAAAACAAUGUACUGGUUGUAGUGUGGAAUCCCAGGAAGUGCUUGAUGCUGAACUUUCAGCUCGAGUUUUACAGUUGAUAAAUGUAACAGACAGUGGAAUACACAGUCAGAGAUAUGGUGAGAUAAGCAAACAAAGACUAGAUAGGGCAAUUCUUACUUUCUUUCAGCAUUUCCGAAAGUCUUAUGUAGGAGAUCAGGCUAUUCAUUCUUCCAAGCAGUUAUACGCCCGGUUAUCUGAACUUCUUGGCCUACAUGAUCAUCUAUUACUGUUGAAUGUGAUUAUUGGCAAGAUUGUGACUAACCUUAAGUGCUACACAGAGAGUGAAGAAGUCAUUGACCACGCCUUGAGUUUGUUUUUGGAGCUUGCAUCUGGCUACAUGACCGGAAAGCUACUUCUGAAGUUGGACACAGUGAAAUUUAUUGUUGCCAAUCAUACGAGGGAACAUUUUCCAUUUUUGGAAGCAAAAAGAUGCACUCGCAGCAGAACAACUUUCUAUUACACUAUUGGCUGGUUGAUAUUCAUGGAAGAUAGCCCUGUGAAAUUUAAAUCUUCAAUGGAUCCACUCCAGCAUGUUUUUCUCAGUUUGGAAUCAACUCCUGAUGCAGUAUUUCGAACAGAUGCUGUAAGGUAUGCACUUGUUGGUUUGAUGAGGGACCUUAGAGGAAUUGCAAUGGCCACAAACAGCCGCCGAACAUAUGGAUUUCUAUUUGAUUGGUUGUAUCCUGCACACAUGCCUCUACUCUUAAAAGGCAUCUCACAUUGGACAGACACCCCAGAGGUUACGACCCCAUUGUUGAAGUUCAUGGCUGAGUUUGUGCUAAAUAAAGCUCAGCGUUUGACAUUUGACUCUUCUUCUCCAAAUGGCAUACUUCUCUUCCGGGAAGUUAGUAAACUGAUUGUUGCUUAUGGAUCUAGAGUUCUGUCUCUUCCAAAUGCUGCUGAUAUUUAUACAUACAAAUAUAAAGGAAUAUGGAUUUGUUUAACGAUACUGUCAAGAGCCCUUUCAGGAAAUUAUGUCAACUUUGGUGUGUUUGAACUAUAUGGUGACAGAGCUCUAUCUGACGCUCUUGAUGCUGCUCUAAAGAUGACACUGUCAAUUCCUAUGUCUGAUAUAUUGGCUUAUAGGAAGCUAACAAGGGCUUAUUUUGCCUUCUUGGAGGUUUUGUUCAACAGCCACAUCACUUUUGUAUUAAACUUGGACACAAACACCUUUAUGCAUAUGGUUGGCUCCCUUGAAUCUGGACUUAAAGGGUUGGAUACAAGUAUCUCAUCACAGUGUGCAUCUGCUGUUGAUAAUUUGGCUGCUUUCUAUUUCAACAAUAUCACUAUGGGAGAGGCUCCAAAUUUACCUGCAUCUGUCAAUCUUGCUCGACAUAUUGCAGAGUGUCCCAAUCUGUUUCCAGAAAUUUUGAAGACCCUAUUUGAGAUCAUAUUGUUUGAAGACUGUGGGAACCAAUGGAGUCUGAGUAGGCCAAUGUUGAGUUUGAUACUCAUUAAUGAGCAGAUAUUCUCAGAUCUGAAAGCUCAAAUCUUGUCAUCACAGCCAAUGGAUCAGCAUCAGCAUCAGCGGCUCUCUUCAUGCUUUGAUAAACUCAUGGCAGAUGUUGCUCUAAGCAUAGAUUCUAAAAACAGGGAUAAGUUUACUCAAAAUCUCACCAUAUUUCGGCAUGAAUUCCGUGCCAAAUAAUUCAAAUUUAUGCGAGUAAAUAUGAGAGUUUGGUGUUUGUAUAUUGUCUUUUUGGAGAAUCUGGUGCACUCUGUUCUGGUGGGUGGCACCUUGGAGUCCUAUCAUGGAAAAAAAAAACCAUUUUAUGCGGUUUCUUCAUUUUGGUCUUGUAACAAAUGUAUUCUUUGUAAUUACUGUUCAUGCAGUGUGGAAGAUAGCUGUAUACUUUUGGUGGUACCGGAUAACUCUCUUUAUACUCAGAUUUGGAUGAUUCAAAGUUCAAAGAUGAUGGAAAGAUUUCGAAGAUGUAAGGAAGUGGGUGGGACAAAAAGGGUCAUGGACGAGAAAACUAGUGGAGGGAUAAAACGGUAACCACCUGAAAUGUAGAGUGAUUGGGUUAGAUAUAUUCUUUGUAGAAAUCAUGUAUAUUAUUAUCGAUGAUAUUUGUUUAGAAACAUGCUAGAUAUUAUUUGAUAUUAAAAUGUGUUUAGAUGGUGAUAGAGAAAUGUUCAUUUCGGUCUCAAUCUUUUGAAAGUUUGUACCUAAUUGACUACAUUAUGAUUUUUUUUUGGGGGGGGGGAGAUGUUCCAAUUUGUUUGAAGAAAACUAAAGGUUACACUUUGUGGCAGAAAAUCUGUGAACAAAUGUCGCUUAA